UGGGGUCCUGACCGCGCGAAGAGCGAGCUGGCCGCGCCUGGAUUCCGCAUCUGUACGUCAGCCCCGCCUGUUGUCUCGGCAACAGCUCGUUGCCAGGGGCAACCAGCAUUGCUCCCGCCCCGCCCGAGCCGAGCCACCCGGUGCUCGGGACAACCCAGGUCUCCGGUUCCCACGCCCGCCUUCGCCCACUUCCGGUUCACGCCGGUGGAGUCUGGCACCGAAGGGGUAGAAGUCGGCGGGAUUCCUCGGGGGCCUUGGAGGGCGGGGGCAUCCCUUUGGGAUGGAACUAGGUCCUCGAGCCCACGCCAGCUCCCGCCCUCCAUCGCUGAGAGGCUGACACUACAACCCCCAGCAUGCCUCGCGGCUGCUGGCCGAUUCCUAUGCCGCUGGUCGCCCAGGGUGCCGAUGGGAGUUGGAGUUCUUCGUUGUUCGGAAGCGUCAAUGAAUGCACGGGGUGGGCGUGGGGGGCUAGGGCUCUUGGGUGCCUCCACAGAAAGGACCGUGAGACCCCGCCGCCAUGUUCCCGGAGCCCCCAACCCCAGGGCCUCCAGCGCCCGACACGCCUCCGGACUCGAGUCGCAUCGGCCAUGGCCUUGUACCCCCCUGGGCCCUGGCCACCAUCGUUCUGGUCUCAGCCCUGCUCGUCUUCAGCUGCUGUUUCUGCCUCUACCGGAAGCGUUGUCGGAGGCGGUCGGGCAAGAAGAUUCAGGCCCAAGCCCAGGUCCACCUUCAGGAAGUGAAGGAGCUGGGACGGAGUUACAUAGACAAGGUGCAGCCGGAAGUGGAGGAGCUGGAGCCAGCACCGUCUGGGCCAGGGUCGCAGGUGGCAGAGAAGCACGAGCUAGGACGACUGCAGUACUCACUCGAUUACGAUUUCCAGAGUGGACAGCUGCUGGUGGGCAUCCUGCAAGCCGAGGGCCUGGCAGCCUUGGACCUGGGCGGCUCCUCCGACCCCUAUGUGCGUGUCUACCUGCUGCCAGACAAGCGGCGGCGGCAUGAGACCAAGGUGCAUCGGCAGACGCUCAACCCACACUUUGGGGAGAACUUUGCGUUCAAGGUCCCCUACGUGGAGCUGGGGGGCAGGGUACUGGUCAUGGCGGUGUACGACUUCGACCGCUUCUCCCGCAACGAUGCCAUUGGGGAGGUGCGGGUCCCCAUGAGUUCCGUCGACUUGGGGCGGCCGGUGCUGGCCUGGCGAGAGCUGCAGGCAGCUCCUCGGGAGGAGCAGGAGAAACUAGGUGACAUCUGCUUCUCCCUCCGCUAUGUCCCUACGGCCGGGAAACUCACCGUCAUCGUCCUGGAGGCUAAGAACCUGAAGAAGAUGGACGUAGGGGGGCUCUCCGAUCCAUAUGUCAAGGUCCACCUGCUUCAAGGCGGCAAAAAGGUGCGGAAGAAGAAAACGACCAUCAAGAAGAACACUCUGAACCCCUAUUACAAUGAGGCCUUCAGUUUCGAGGUGCCCUGUGACCAGGUGCAGAAGGUCCAGGUGGAGCUGACGGUGCUGGACUAUGACAAGCUGGGCAAGAACGAGGCCAUCGGGAGGGUAGCGGUAGGGGCGGCGGCAGGGGGAGCCGGCCUGCGGCACUGGGCAGACAUGCUGGCCAGCCCCCGGCGGCCCAUUGCCCAGUGGCACUCCCUGCGGCCCCCCGACCGAGCGAGGCCGCUGCCUGCACCCUGAUCCCCAACUCCAGCCCCUUGCCAAGCCCGGACUCGGCCCGUGACCUCAGACUCCUGGCCAAAGCCAGGCCCGGGUCUGCCUUUAAGCCUUCUCUGACCGCUCGCCACCCCCACUCCGCCCAACCUGACACGGUCCUGCCGUCCCAUCCCCCAUCAUACCAGUCGUGGUAAUUGCCAACUCUCCCACCAAGCACAUACCCAAAGCCCCAGGGACCCCUGGGGGAGGGGAGCCAUCUGGUCUCCCCCACCCCCAGGGUCCCACGCUCUGCUUUGACAAUCAGUGACCCAGCCUACUACCCCCCUCGCUCCCAAGUGCCCCUCUUCCUGCACAGGAUCACCCGCUCCUGUCCCUAGUCGGAUUCCUGCACUGCUCCAGGACCAAAUAAAUACUC